AUGCCAAAAGAUAAGAGGUAAUUAACUGAUGAACUUCAUAAUUAUAGGGGAUAUCAAACAAUAUCCAAAGUACCACUAUUCAAAUAAAUGUUAGAAAUAAUUCAUAAUCUUUGGCAUCUCCAUAAUCAGGAGGUUUUAAAUUCUCUAAAUCCCCUCACAAGUAACUUUAAGAACCUUAGCCUAUUCCUGAACCAGGAGCAGAUGAUCCAAAUCUAUCAGUAUAAAAAUCUGCAAUUAGAUUAUUUAACCGAAUCCUCCUAACAUCAAAUUCAAAAAGGCUUAUAUAUCCCACUUGAUUUUCGACCAUGCACUUACAAUUUGAACUGAUUGG